AUGGCCGAAAGCGAUCAAAGCUCGAAAUUUCGCUUUGAGUGCUACUCAACACGACCUCCCUACUGGUCCUAUGAUGGAAUUCCUUUUGUUAGUGCAUACAUAGCUGCACUGGCAGUUCUUGUCUCAGUUGCGACAAGCAGAGGUCAACUGAUUACAGAUCAUUUUCUAUUGCUCCUGGUGCCUGCAGUGGCUCAUUUGCUCCUUUUUCUGGCAACGCAGUGGUCAGUGGAGGUGAAUUGCUUUGUUCGCUUUAAACGCGAAGCACAUGUAAGCAGGGCAUCACAUGUGAAAGUGGUGCCACUCGCUGAUGACCAAAACCGUCCCAAUUCCAAGGUAUUGCUGGUGCCUUUGCAGCAGCAGGAUGGAGAACCGUCCAUAUCCUAUUUGAAAAAGAAAUUCACAUUUUGCAAGGAGAAUGAUACUUUUCAGCGCCUGAGAUAUGACAUAACGUCACCGCUGAGUAACUAUUUGAAUGCAACCGGGCUCUCCUCUCGAGAAGUUGAGGAGAGAAGAAAGAGAUAUGGAGAGAACAUUUACGACAUUCCUCUACCAACAUUUGGUGAACUCUUUAAAGAACAUGCCGUAGCACCUUUCUUUGUUUUCCAACUCUUUUGUGUUUUGCUAUGGCUGAUGGAUGACUAUUGGUAUUACUCGUUGCUAACGUUGGUGUUGCUGGUGGUGUUGGAAGCUCAGAUGGUGCACCGCCGCCGCAACGAUCUGCAAGAGCUGCGGGCGAUGCGGAUCCCGCCACGGCCAACCUAUGUCUUACGGGAUGGAAAUUGGAAGAUCGCGCAGAGCAAUGAGCUGCUGCCCGGGGAUAUCAUUGGCAUCCAGCGUAACCCAGAAGCAUCAUUUCCGUGUGAUGUGUUGCUCUUGCAAGGUAAUGUGCUGGUCAAUGAAGCCAUGUUGACCGGUGAGAGUGUUCCUCAGAUGAAAGUUCAUGUGGCAUCUGGUGGCUCUGAGCCAUUGGACAUGAUCGGUCGACAUCGCCAGCAUAUCGUUAGUGCUGGGACCAACAUUAUGAUGCAUCAAAAUCCCCAGAGCAAUUCUGAGCGGUCCAAGAACUUCAAAAAAGUGCCACGUGCAGGGUCUUCGAGUGUGGCAGUGGGAUAUGUCCUACGGACAGGUUUUGACACAACACAAGGAAAACUCUGCAGAACCAUUUUAUUCAGUGCAGACCGGGUGACAGUGUCCAGUAAAGAGGCAUACUAUUUCAUUUUCAUUUUGCUCCUCUUUGCCCUUGUUGCUUGUGGCUACGUGCUAUAUGAUGGCCUGGUGGUUGUCCCAAAGACCGAGACGCCACGAUCAACUUUUAAGCUCUUACUGUCGGUGAGUCACAUCAUCACAUCAGUUGUUCCUCCUGAGUUCCCCAUCAUGUUGUCCUUGGCGGUGAAUUUGAGCCUCGUAGCAUUGGUGCAAAAAGGAAUCUUCUGCACCGAGCCUUUUCGGGUGCCCUUGGCAGGUCAAAUUUCGACUUGUUGCUUUGACAAGACGGGCACUUUGACCAGUGAUUCCAUGGAAGUUGGAGGAGUACAUGGGCUUCAAUAUCCUGCUCCUGCCUCUGAAGCCAUGGAUGAGAAGGAUGCAGAGUCCAGAACCGCAUUGGAUCAGAAAUUGCCAUUCUUAUCUACAGCUGUGAUGACAGCCUGCAAUGGCUUGACUCUAGUUGAAGGUGAGAUUGUAGGAGAUCCUCUGGAGAAAGCUGCUCUACAAGCAGUUCAGUGGAUGAUGAUAGGCCCUGAUUUGGUUACUUCCAAGCCUAGCAAAGGUGGAGACCGUCUCCACAUUUUGCGAAGAUAUCCCUUCGCUUCCGAGUUGCAACGCAUGGCCGUACUUGCACAGCACCAUGGGCCAGGCCUAGGUUACAGGGAGGAGGGCAGCGCAAGCGCAGGACGAUAUGAUCGAGUGCUUGGCUUGGUGAAGGGCUCAUGUGAUGCCUUGAAGCCAAGAUUGCUGGAUGCUCCAGAAAACUUGGACGAUUUACAGGAUCAGCUGACCAAGGUGGGUUUCCGAGUCUUGUGCUUGGCGGCGAAGGAGAUGAAAGAGCUGGAUGUGGAGGCAACAGAACGUGAGGAAGUGGAAUCGUCCUUGCACUUCUGUGGUUUGUUGGUGCUCCGGAAUUCUGUGAAACCCAACACUUCCAGCACUAUCCGACAGCUGCGCCGAAGUUAUCACAGGGUCAUCAUGAUCACAGGAGACCAUCCACAGACAGCAUGUCAGGUUGCCACCAACGUCCACAUGGCAGAUGGCAGAUUCUUGGUCUUGGAGGCCAAUGAAAAUGGUCUGGAGUGGAGGUACCCAGACCACCAAAUUCAUCAAGAAAUUCCUUUUCGCAGCGGGUCAUCUAGGUCUGGAGCGGCAUCCAUUUUGGAUCUGGCAAGGAGUCACACGCUGUGUGUGCCAGGCGCUGCUUUGGCAAAGCUCAGUAAGUCGGAGGUGGAGGAGGUUGUUGAGGCCACCACCGUCUUCGCCAGAGUUUCACCGCAGCAGAAGGAGCAGAUCAUAUUGGCCUUGAACCAGCGCUCACAUACUGUGAUGGUGGGCGAUGGAACCAAUGAUGUUGGUGCACUGAAACAUGCUCACGUUGGUAUUUCCUUGAUGACCACAUCGAUCGCACCCAAAGCCCCCAAGACACCCAAGACACCCAGUGAGAUGGUGGCAGACAAUGGGCAGGCUCCAUUGGUUCGCUUGGGGGAUGCCAGCAUAGCUAGUCCUUUCACCUACAAAGGCGACUCCAUCAGGUGCUCGAUUCAAGUUCUUCGUUGCGGAAGAGCAACACUAUGCUCAGUGAUGAUGAUGUACAAAAUUAUGGGGCUCAACAGUGUGAUGUCGGCCUUUGCGAUGUCUGCCUUGACUUUGGACGGCGUGAAACUUGGCGAUGGCCAGACCGCAAUCGAGUCCUUGUUCACCUCGAUGUGUUUCUUCUUGGUGUCCCGGAGCGCGCCGGCGAAGCAACUGGCGAAGCAACAACCCAUCAGUUCGGUGUUUGACUGGCCUGUAAUGAGCACUUUGGCUUGUCAGCUGCUGAUUCACCUCAUCACUUUAUUCUCAGGGUGGCAAAUGGCAAAUCAAUUCAGAGCAAAAGACUUCAAGCGGGAUUUGGAAGGAGAUUUUGAGCCUAAUUUAACCAACACAGUGGUUUUCGAACUCAUGGCGGCCAUGCAUGCUGCAUCCUUCUUAGCCAACUACGACGGUCAUCCCUUCAUGCAGCCGUUGUCUGCAAACAAACCGUUGAUGUACAGUUUGAUCUUCUUCGUCACCGUCAUCGUGGCAUGUGCAUCUGAAGUCAUUCCGGAUCUGAAUCAUUCGCUGUCAUUGGUCCUGAGUCCUUCGCCAGAGUUUCAGCGCAAAAUUCUGCUGUUGGUUGUGGGAGACAUUGCUUUGUCCUUCGGAACGGCUCGAUGUAUCAGCCUUUUGGCACUCCAUUGGCGAGGUCGGUCUGCAGAGCAGCGUGCUCAUCAACUGGGUUUGUCCAAUGGAAAGGGUCCAUCUGAAAAGUCCAAGUGA